AUACGUGCUAAUGGUUAGGUCAUUCUUGACGAUGUGAACACAGUUCAGAAACGUAAGCCAUAAAGAUUGGUCAAAGGAACCAUACCAAGGAAAUGAGAUUAUUAUCAUAUCAUCCGUGCGUCUUGAAAUAAGGGACAUGACAGCUGACUUUUUCUAUGGUUUAUUGUUCAUCCCUACAAACUUAAAUCUUUCCUCCCCCUUGGUCUGAGGAUCAUAUUGACUGCGCGCUUCAAAGUGGUGAUCCUAAUCUAGUGUUCGAAUUGAACACCAUCUGUUUAUUGACCGCGCGCUUCCAAGUGGUGAUCCUAAUCCAGUGUUCAAAUUGAACACCUGCUCAAACUUUUCGCCUGUUGAAUGGUUUCUCUGCAGAUCGGUGAUUGUUCGAAGCAAGCUAAAGCUGCGAGUAUAAAAAGGACCUCAUGGAACUGCAAACUAGCGGAAAUAAAACAAAGAAAUAUGGAUUCGUCCCAACUCUCUAUCAAACUGAUAGAAGGGCCCAAAGCGCCCAAUACCAAGGCCUAUAACUUCAGUUACCUCUUCUGUCUCUCCUUGUUAAUAUGUUCUCCCUGUUUGAAUUUCUUCUUCAUCUCUAGAGCUCUUUUCCGAUCACCUGAGCCAAGCUGGAGCAGCAGAGCAGCCACGGAAGCUGAAGCUGUGGCAGCUCGCUCGUGUUCUGGGCAUGGAUCAGCCUUUGUGGACGGGAUUCUUGUCGACGGGAAGCAUGUCUGUGAGUGCAACGCAUGUUAUAGAGGCCCGGAUUGCUCGGAAUUUGUGCAGGGUUGUGCUGCUGAUGCUGAAAGUGGCGAUCCCCUGUUUCUGGAGCCAUACUGGAGGCAGCAUGCAGCAAGCAGUGCAGUUGUUGUGGCCGGUUGGCACCGUAUGAGCUACCAAACAGAUGGUGAUUACUUCAUCUCUAUCGAACUCGAAAGACACAUUCGAAAACUGCAUUCACAUGUAGGAAAUGCAAUCACCGAUGGGAGAUUCAUCAUCUUUGGGGCUGGAUCCACGCAGCUGAUCAACGCAGCAGUCCAUGCUCUUUCUCCAAACAGCACAGUAUCAUCCCCUGCUAGUGUUGUUGCAUCCGUCCCCUACUACAUGGUUUAUAGAACGCAGACCGAGUUCUUCAACUCCCGAGCGUAUGAAUGGAAAGGGGUAACAUCAAAAUGGGUCGACAAGUUGAACUCAUCUGCGCCAAAUUUUAUCGAAUUUGUGACAUCUCCCAACAACCCAGAUGGGCGCAUGCAGCAACCGAUUCUUCCAGGUUCAUCCGUGAUUUACGACCACGCCUACUACUGGCCUCACUUCUCCGCAAUCAAAGCUCCAGCUGAUGGAGAUCUCAUGCUCUUCACCAUCUCCAAGCUCACAGGUCACGCCGGUAGCAGAUUUGGGUGGGCGAUUGUGAAGGAUGAGGGAGUGUACAAGAGAAUGCUGACCUACCUGGGAAUCAACACGAUGGGUGUUUCCAGGGAUACUCAGCUAAGAAGUCUGAAGCUCCUGAAAGCAGUGCUGGGUGAAGAGAGAGGGGCGGCAGGGAGCAUCUUUGAGUUUGCAUUUAGGACCAUGAGGGAAAGGUGGCACAAAUUGAACAAGCUUGUGUCGUCCUCCGACCGGUUCUCCCUCCAACAAACGCGUCCUGAGUACUGCAACUAUUUUGGAAAGAUCAGGGACCCUUCUCCAGCUUACGCUUGGUUGAAGUGCGAGAGGGAGGAAGACAAAAACUGCUAUGCUGUAUUGAGAGCUGGAGGAAUAAUCUCCCGCUCGGGGUACAAAUUUGGAGCAGAUGGCCGCUACACUCGUCUGAGCCUCAUAAGGUCGCAAGACGACUUCGAUUUGUUGAUUCGACGGAUGGAUGCUUUGAUCACCAAGGAGAAAGCCAGAAAUAUGUGAGAAGGAUUGAGAUAGAGAUCGUACGGGGAAAACAUUUAUAGAAGAACACCUUCUUUUGGAUAUUCAAUAUUUAUCACCUCAUACAUUCAUUUUUUUCUCUUUGGUUGCUAUUUUUCUCUCUGCAUGUACCUUCCGCUAGCUAAUGUGAAGCUUGGAUGUACAAUAGGUUUAGGCAAUUUCCAGAACAGAGUAUGUCUCGACGUCGCUUCUCGUAUGCACAUAAUAUUAGUGAGCUUUGUGAACUUUCAUAA